UGUGCAGCAGCAGCAGCAGCAGGAGCAGGAGCAGCAGCAUCAUGAUGAUGAUGAUGAUGAUGAUGCGGGUCGCCCUGCUAGUUUUGACUCAUGCAUCUGUCUGCAGUGGCAUCCUCCCUGAGAUAGUGAACUCGGAGAUCAGUCACAUCUUGGCGGAUAAUUCCGCCCUGGGACAAAAUGAGCUGGACCGUAUGUUUGUGGAAGUGGAGCAGCUUCCAGGGGAUCCGCAGCUAAAGCCUGAGGAUGCGUUUCACCAAAAGAACGAGAGUGUUGGCCCUCAUCCCAAUGACCUUCCAUCAAGUCAUCACAAUGAAACUGCUUCUGAUAAAGUUACUUACAGUGAAUCUGUCGACACCUCAGUAAACCAGGAGGAGACAAACAACAUUACGACAACGGAGCAGUCCAGCAACCUGGGAAACAAUAUUGAUGAUGGAUGCAUCAUUGAUGAGGACUGUGGGAAGGGAAGGUAUUGCCCUUCUGACAUAAAGAACUCCAAGUGUCUGCUUUGCAAAGCAAUUGAUGUGCCCUGUACUAAGGAUCAAGAGUGCUGCGGCGAGCAGCUGUGUCUGUGGGGUCAGUGCAGUCAAAAUGCAACCAAGGGAGAGGCUGGCAGCACCUGUAAUCACCAGGACGACUGCAACCCAGACCUCUGCUGUGCUUUUCACAAAGCCUUACUCUUCCCCAUCUGCUCUGCAAAACCCAUUGAGCGCGAGCGCUGCUUCGGUGCCUCCAACCACCUGAUGGCGCUGUUGUCCUGGGAUGUCCCGGAUGAAGGGCCCAGGAAACACUGCCCCUGUGCAGGAGAGCUCCACUGCCAGCACCUAGGGCGAGGGUCCAUGUGCCUUAAAGGAGAGGACUCGAGUGAAGAGGACCUGACUGACACGCUGUAUUCAGAGAUAGACUACAUCAUCUGACACAGCUUACAUUCUCUAAAAAUGACUUUGUUUCCAAAUAGACCUGAGUAUUCCCUUACUCCAGAGCUUUGUUGCAAAGACUUCAGCACUUUGUGUUUGCUAGCCUAAUCCAAAUUGGAGAACAUAUACAGCAUGAUAAAGGACGCAAAUAUAUUUAUUUGAUAUGCUUUAAUUGAGACCUAAGAUUUACCAAACUAAAAGGUCUCUGGUAUGGAAGCCCUAAACAGACAUGCUUCCAUCCACAGUAAUGAGGUAACUUAAGCCUAUAUCUGUGCUUGUUCUGUGCUUUUUGCAACUCUAGGGAUACGAGAUAAAUAAUUCAAGAUCUCGAGAAAACAAUUGGAAAUGACUCAUAACAAUGGGAAAACAGAGUGAAUAAGAUACAUGGACGCAUGUCUAAUUAAUGCUUCUGUAUUCUCAACGUAAAUAUAAAAGUUUA